CCAACUACAAUUACUCAUUUUCAGAAUUUUUUUUCUACCGGACUCCAACCAUUUUCUUAAACAAAAUACAUAAUCUCCCCCUAUUUUCAAUAAUUAAUUAUUACAAUAACCUAAUAUUCAAUCAUUUCUUUUUCCAUCUUUAUUAUUAUAUUUCGUUAAAUUACUUACUCGGACAAUCUGAGGAAAGUUAGGAACCUAAAUUAGCUUUUUUAACUCCUCAAAACUCCAAAAUUUCACAUUUUCUCAUCAGUUAAAAAUUCAAUCUUUUCCCUUUAAUUUCAUUCUUCAUUUCAGAAAAAUAGCUGCAAAAUUUUGUAAAAUUUUCUGAUCGUAGCCAUCAGUUGCUUUGGUGUUUUUAUCUCAAAUUUUUGAAAAAGAAAAAGAAAAACGAACAGUAUUACUGUUGAACCUGAAGAAGUAGAAAGGAGAUUCUUUUUUUUUUGGUGGAAUAUUUGGGUUAAGUAUGGAAGGAAGGGAAAAUAUGAGUAGCAGUAGUGGAGUAAGAGUGGUGGGAUCAGAUGCUCCGUCACACUACCAUAUGGCACCUAGGACCACCACUGAGAAUCCUUCUGCCCAGGUGAUGACUGGAUCAGCAGCUCAACCAGUAGCAGGAGCAGCCCGGGCCCAGGUGAGUGUAUCAGUUUCACCAACACCAGCACUGACCACAGAUUCUGCUGCUUUAGCACUGACCACAGUGAAGAAAAAGCGAGGUAGACCCAGAAAAUAUGGGCCAGAUGGGUCAGUACCCACGUCUGUCAUUUCUCCUAAGCCCAUUUCAUCCGCUGCACCAUCUCCGGUCAUUGAUUUUUCGUCGGAGAAACGGGCGAAAGUCCGGCCUGUUGGGUCAGCUCUUAAGGUCUAUCAGCCUAAAGCUGAUGUUCAGAACUCAGGUGAAUGGGUUUCAUGCUCGGUCGGUGCUAGUUUUACGCCCCAUAUUAUCACUGUUAACACUGGAGAGGAUGUCACCAUGAAGGUUAUAUCAUUUUCUCAACAAGGGCCUCGAGCAAUAUGCAUUCUCUCAGCAAAUGGUGUAAUCUCCAGUGUCACACUUCGCCAACCGGACUCAUCUGGUGGUACAUUAACAUAUGAGGGCCGGUUUGAGAUACUGUCUUUGACGGGAUCAUUUAUCCAAUCCGAGACCGGAGGAAUGAGAAACAGAUCUGGAGGGAUGAGUGUGUCUCUGGCAAGCCCUGAUGGACGUGUUAUUGGUGGCGGAGUUGCAGGUCUAUUGGUAGCUGCCAGUCCUGUGCAGAUUGUUGUGGGCAGCUUCCUUGCUGGAAUUCAGCAUGAGCAGACGACCAAGAAAAACAAAUCCGAGCCCAUAACUGCAGCUGUUCCUCUAUCUAGUACAGAUACGGAAAACGCCUAUCACUCAUCAGCAAAACCAACUGUAGUAUCAUAUUCUUCCUUCCAUGAAGAUGACUGGUCAUCAUUGGCCCCUGACUCGAGGAAUAAGCCUGCUGACAUCAAUGUAUCUCAGCCUGCAUAGGGUUUAGUCAAAAUGGAGUUUAUCAGUUAACGUGAACUACGAUAGUUGCAUUUCUUUCACUUCCUAUUGAUCCACCUCACUCCUAGCUCUUUGUUGUUUUUCUUUAAACCUUGUGCUGGCAUGUCCAUUUCCAGUGAGGUCUGUUACUAAUUAGCUAGUUUUCUAGAAAGUUUGUUUUUUCCCCUUCCCGUCUGGUGUCUCAUUGUAGAAUUGUAGAUGUAUAAUGAUCCCAACAAAUAAUUUCAGCAUAGAUGAGGUUUUCUUUCUAGUGUCAAAUAUUUGGUUGUUGGCUUUUCCGAACUGUGUGGCUGCCUUUAUGGCAAGUCUAGCACUUUAAAUUUUGUCAAAGCACAUGUGCGUCAGAAGUAUUGUAGCAUUUCCUUUGUGGGUU